AUGGUCACAGCGCAGAGUUCAUUAUCACCACCCCUGGAUACUCUCCCGGGAUGCGCACAAUCAUGUUACCACGAUGCACUUGGCGGAUAUUUGUGCAGUUCACUCGAUCCUGUAUGCAUGUGUGGCAGUCAAGCCUUCCUCAGCAAUGUCACGACAUGCGUUGAGGCCUCCUGCAGUGCCUUUGAAUCGCUCACUACGCAGAAUGUCACCCUUGCCUCCUGCGGUGUUCCCUUGCGAGACCGAUCCAAGAACCUCACUAGCCAGUCCGCCGCCAUAUUCGCCUUGACUGUCGUUUUCGUCCUCGUCCGCUUUGCCUACAAGGUCUGCGUGAAGCUCAGCUUCGGUAUGGACGACUGGUUACUCCUUGUGACCUUCAUCAUCACGAUCCCCUCGAGCGUCUUGUUUGUCGUUGGCACCCGACCCAACGGCCUAGGCAAGGACAUCUGGACCCUGACCGCCACACAGAUCACGGGUUUUCUCAAGUACUGGUAUAUCUCCGCUAUACUCUAUUUCCUGCAGACGACGUUGGUCAAACUCACCUUUGUCACCUUUUACAUGCGCAUAUUUACCACACGCAACACUAGACGCAUACUCUGGGGCACUAUUGCUAUUGUGUCGCUGUGGGGAAUAGCCUUUGUCAUUCUGGCCACGCAGGUCUGCACUCCUAUUUCAUACAUGUGGACGCAGUGGGAUGGCGAACACAAAGGCAAAUGCGUGAACGAUGCCGCAUACGUUUGGACCAAUGCGGCCACCAACAUUGCCCUGGAUGUUUGGAUCCUGGCUGUGCCACUCUGGGAGCUACGCCGCCUGCAGCUACACUGGAAGAAGAAGAUUGGAGUGGCUCUCAUGUUUUCCCUCGGCGCCUUUGUGACUGUGAUGAGUAUACUCCGUCUUAAGUCACUUGCACUGUAUCAGCACAGAUCAAACGUUACCUGGGAAUUCUCUGAAGUAUUCCUAUGGUCCACCAUCGAGAUUAACGUCGGCAUCAUUUGCGCCUGCCUGCCAACCAUGCGCCUCAUUCUAGUCAGGAUCUGGCCUACCCUCUCCGGGUCAACCACAAGGCGCAGCGAUCAGUGGUAUCGGACUGGUAAGGGGUCGGACCACUUGGAGGCGACCGCCGACUCCCAUGCGCGAGCUUCACGACUCGGAGAACAACGAGCACGACACAAUGGCAGCAUCUCCCGGGUUGCCAUAGUCAAUGGAAGGCAUGAGGAGACAAGACCGACAGAGUUGAGUCAGAGGCCGGGGAUCAAGAUGCACAAAUCAUUUUCUGUGUAUUAUAGUGAGGGGAGUGAUAUUAGUUUAGUGUCAACUCCUGGUGUGGCAGCCGGGCAAAGGCCAAAGACUGGGCUCAGCUAG